AACGAAUUACAAUAGUACAGCAUAGAAGUAAUACACGCUUUAACUACUAACUACUAAUCCCAAACUACCAGGAACUGCAGUAAUAAAAUGGAAAUUCAAAUUUUAAUUUGAUGGGCCAACCCCACAUUUUUCCCUAGUCACCACUUGUUGACAAGAGACCACAGCCAGUUUCUAAGCCUGUUUGACUGGGGUUUUGCAUAGCUUAGUCGCUAGAGCGUUAAGUCUCAGCGAUGACGAGCAACACAACCUGAGAAGUUAAACAAGUUUGUGUGCCACAGUGACUCGUAUUUCACACAGCUAACUCAGCUAUCAGAGGAGACUUGGCCCUCACUUCGGUCAGACAAAAUGAUCAGGGCCGGCCACAUCGAAAUUGUUAUGCUCUUAGGAUCACUUCUCUCUAUUGUUUUUUUUCUUCAAUAUUAUAGCGACACUGAAAUGUUCCGCUCACCAAAACUUGUAAAAAUGUAUAACAAUUCCUAUAAAUACUCAUUCCCAAAAUGUGAACAAAACGUGGCUGCUGCCAGAAUCUCAGGCUUCGAUGGUUUCCCUGAUAUACUUAAAGACUUUCUUUACUAUCGUCACUGUCGCUAUUUUCCCAUGAUUCUGGACCUUCCUGACAAAUGCGGAGGCAUCGAAGAACCUGAAGACAUCUUCCUUCUGCUUGUAAUUAAAAGCUCCCCCAUGCAUUAUGAACGACGUGAAGUGCUGCGAAAAACCUGGGCUCAAGAGAGGUCAUACAAAGGUUUGCGGAUUCGAAGGAUUUUCAUCCUUGGAACAAUGGGUAAUGACUUUGAGAAAGAGCGAUUGAACAAACUCCUCAAAACAGAGCACCAGGAACACAAUGACAUCCUCCAAUGGGACUUUCAAGAUACAUUUUUUAAUCUCACUUUAAAGCAGGUUCUAUUCCUCAAAUGGAUGAAAAGGAACUGUCAACAAGUUAAUUUUGUGCUAAAUGGUGAUGAUGACGUUUUUGCCAAUACGGACAAUAUUGUGGACUACCUCCAUGGUCGCCGUGAAAAUAAUGGAAGCCAGCAUCUGUUUACUGGUUUUCUGAUAAAGAAUGGAUUUCCUGUAAGAUGGGACAGGAGCAAGUAUUUUGUUCCAUCUCAAGUAUAUGAAAAAAAUGUUUACCCCAACUAUUGUGGUGGUGGGGGCUUUCUUUUGUCCAGCUUUACAGCUUUAAUGAUACAUAGCUAUUCCAAUGCCAUUCCACUUUUUCCUAUUGAUGACGUUUACAUGGGAAUGUGCCUGGAAAAAGCAAAACUGGCACCAGCACCUCAUAUCGGUAUAAAGACAUUCGGAUGGUACAUUCCCUCCAAAAAAAUAGAUCAAUAUGAUCCUUGCUAUUUUAAAGAUUACCUCUUGGUACACCAAUUCUUUCCUAAUAAUAUGUACCUUAUGUGGCAUCAAAUAAAUGACCCUAAUCUGAAAUGUGGUGUCACAAAUUCGUCUAGGACGAUCCAAACUUAAACUUACGGUUAGUGAUAUUGCAUUUUAUGACUUUAAGUCACAGCAAUCAUUGAAUUAUGUAAAAGUUUUAAACUGAUAUAUCACGUUUGCCCAUAUAGACAGUCAGCCAGACAGCCACUGUUACAUGAGUGACAUAAUCACAAACAGUACAUAAAAGAUUCAGUACUGAUUUUAUUUCUGAUUUGUUUUUUUGUUUUUGUUUUAACAUGUGCGUUGUAAAUAAAUGUGAAUUGAGUUGAGGCAAGUCUUCAGAUUGGGAGGUAAUCUCCAGCUUUUGAAUAUAGUCUAAGGGUCGAAAGUGUUUGUCAUGUUUUCAUAUGUUGCAGGUAAUCCACAAACACAGUUAUGUUCACUGCGAGUAAGCCAAAUUCAAGAAAGUGGGUUGGUGCUCGGGGGCACUAGUAUUUGAAGUAUUCAUCUGAAGUAUUAAUUAAUUACUUUUCCUGCUUUAACUGUGAAUAGGGAUGCACUAUUAUUUAACCAGUAAUGACAUUUGAUGUCAGAGUGAAAAAAAUGCAUUUAUUGAAGGCAACUUGUGAUUUUUAUCUGUUUGUAACGUUAAUGCAGUGUAGAAUUGAAAUACUUUUUAGUUAUUUGUUUGUAGUUGUUUUGUUUAAAGUAGGGGUUUGUUUGUUUCAAUGGGGCAAAAUGUUUGUUAAUGAAUAACAAACACGAAAUAAAAAGGAGACUACUUGUCAACCAAAACGUUAUUGUAAAGAGUGAUCUGUUCAUCCAUUAAUAUGAUAUAUUUAAGUGAAUUUGGGUAGUUGUUGUGUAGAUAUGUAUGCUAAGUUUGGUGUUGUGUUCGUUCAAAUCCAUAUUAACCCAUUCUAGCCUCAACAAGAAGUAAGGCUCAAAACUUAAAUUACAGGUUUGACAUCUACAGCAUACGCAUUUGCUUUGUAAAUGAGCUCUCCUUUGAGGAAAAAAAACAUAUCAGUUACCAAUGGUCCCAUCUUAACAGAGUUUAAAUAAAGUUAAUCCCUGGGUUAGCUCGUUCUCAUCUAACAUUCAAACAUGAACACAUCACUUUUUCUGCACUUUAGAUUGUUAGGUGAACAAUGAAAAGCAAAAAAUCACUUGGGAAACAGGGCACCACAGUUAGUCUGCAUGCCAUAUACACAAUUAAAAGAUUAAAUAUAUAUGUGUGUAAAAAUAUAGCUGCAAAUCCCUGACUACUACUUUUGCUACGUCUAUUUAGACGAUGGCGCUGCUUAGGGUGCAGCCCAAGUCUUAGGAUCCUCAUCCAGCUGGCUGUCACGUAUAUGUGAUUUCAGUUUGUUUAUGUUUUUAAGCCUCAGUGCAUGCUGUCGGCUCUGUCAGACGUCAGACACAGUGACACUGUAUUUUACAGGCAAAAAUAAAAUACUGGUGUUUUUCAGGCACGACAGUACAGCACUAAGCAAAAGCUUGCAAGAAGACUAUUACUUUAAACAUUUUUUUAAAACACAAUUACUUUAGUUUAUUAAAAUACCCAAAUAAAUCAAAGCAUCUGAUAUUUUUUAAAUGACCUGAUAUUAAAUCACUGUUGUCAAGUAUAUACAAAAUCAAAUAUAAUAGGUUGUAUCUACAUUUCAAUCAAAGCCAUGUGGUGACAAAAAAUACAACGCCUCAGAUCACCACAGUCAUAAAGAGACAUCUUCUGGGUACCAUGAAUGUCUCUAUUUAAAAAAUUAAAUUAAAUUUAAAAAAAAAAAAAAAA